AGAGCGCAUAAACAGCUGAUCCGCAUUGACUAGUCCAAAAUGGCCACAUGCAUGAGUUUAUAGUGAAAAGUUGGUGUUUUCCGGCAAAAUUCGCCAAGUCCUGAGGCACAAAUCAAUCACUACUGCCAAUCGACCGAUUCUGUAAGCCCCGUAGAUUUACCUCACGCAAUUAUCUCGACGACGACUGGCGCAGUUGGAUUAAAAAAAAGUCGACGAAAACCUCAAUGCCGUCACACGCAGUGACAUCUCGCGCAGCAGACGCUCUAUGGGCUAUGGCAUUGGCUCUAAGCCUAAGCCUCGGCUCUAAUGACUUUUUGUUAAUUCGCGAAAAAUAGUCACGAGGCGCGUCGCCCCGAGGCUAGCUAACUCUUCUAAUGUUUGUGUGGCGUCGUUCGUCCGACCGAGCGACGUACGUCGAAUUAUUCAAUUGCUGGACUUAUUGAUCCAAUUCGUGGCCAUUUUAUGUAAAGUAACAAAGUGUAUGUACAAGGUUGUAAAGUGAUUGUGCCUGGUGACUCCGAUUCCGAUACAGUUUUGCUUCUUGUGCGAAAUAUUUUUUCGUUUUCGUCAGUCGACUUUUUUUACCUUGCUUUGCCAUUUAUCAAUUUUCCUUCUUAAAUAUAUAUACACUCUUGAUGGCUCAUACGUUGGCCAACUUGAGACUGCUUGUAUGAGUAUCAUAGAAAAUUUUGAUUGAAAUCCUGCAGGAUCAGUAAUCAUGACAGCUGGUACUAGUUUGGUUGUACCCGUAGUGCUGUGGGGGCGUAUAGCUCCCACACACUGCAUCUCGUGCAUAUACCUAUCACGAGAUCAAAAGACUUUAGUAACAGGUUGCUAUGACGGACAAAUUUGUUUAUGGCAAGUGGAUCCUGAAACAUUAAAGAUGACUCCAAGAUGUUUACUAGUUGGUCAUACAGCUCCGAUCAUGUGCCUUAGUCGAGCCAGUGUCAUCAUGGAGCAAAACUAUAUUGUUAGCAGUAGCGAAAGUGGAGAAAUGUGCACUUGGGAUUUGGUUGAUGGAAAGUGCCGUGAAACUGUUAAGCUCAAUAACAUUCACACUCAAAUGUUACCGUAUGUCUCUGCUGGAGGCGAGGAUGUUAGAUUAUUUUGUUCAGGAUAUUAUCCAGAGGUACUAGUGAUGGAUCCAUUUAGCCUAGAAGUACUAUUUACCCUGAGUUCCAGGGUAAACCCAGAUUGGAUCAGUGCUCUACAUAUCCUGCGGCCGGCCAAACGGAAAGGUCGGUUCUACGUGCACACAAAUGACGUGGUAUUGGCUUUAACAACUACUGGAACAGUAAAAGUCUGGACUCUUUUGGGACAUGAGAAUCGUAAUAGCGAGCCACUUUACGAGCAUGAGAGCAAGCAGAUCAGAUGUUUGAAUGCCCUAGCUAUGACCUGCUGUCCUUACAACCAACGUACUGUACUUAUAGUGUGUUCCAAAUAUUGGCAGAUUUAUGAUGCUGGAGAUUUUUCGGUCUUGUGUUCUGUAACUGCACCCAGAGGAGAAAGAUGGAUGGCUGGUGACUUUUUAGCUGCAGACCGGGUGAUUCUUUGGAGCGAUGAAGGGCAUGGUUAUUUGUACAAAUUACCAGCAAAGGUUAUUACACAACUUGAAAGCAAGCUGAAGGGCAAGGCUCUCAGCAGUAGUGUCGCAGACAACAAGAACUUCCAUUCAGCCUCAGUGGAGAAUGAUCAACCAUACUUAUACUGCACUCUUACUCAGCCUGGUGAUAAGCCUUUAUCUUGUCCACCUGCAAUGCGACUAGUCACAGCUCAGCAAGGAAACAAAACUCAAAAGUUUCUUUUACGUGGUGACAGUGAAGGAGUUGUAAUGCUUUGGACAGUGCCAGACAUAACAGGCCAGCAGAUGAAUCAAAUAAAUCAACAUGACAGUACUCCACCAAUGCUACCACCUACCUUGAAAACUAGUAUAACUGCAGCCUGGGAAGCAAUGAAGCCAUCCCCAGUUGGAAUUCUGGAUCAGUUGGACUGUGGGGAUGGACAUGGAAUUAAAUUAACAGCCAGUAUUUACUUACCCCAGCAGAGUCGUUUGGUUGUGGGUAGAGAAGAUGGGAGUAUAAUAAUUGUCCCAGCUACACAAACUGUAAUGUUGCAGUUAUUACAUGGAAAUCACCAGCAAUUCGAUGAUUGGCCCCCUCAUCAAGUCCUGUUAGGGCACUCAGGGCGUGUAAAUUGUCUACUGUAUCCUCAUGGAGCUGCAUCCAGAUAUGACAAAACCCAUUUAGUUUCGGGAUCUGUUGAUUUCGCUGUGUGCUUGUGGGAUUUGUACGCGGGAACCCUGAUUCAUCGUUUUUGCGUUCACGCUGGGGAAAUUACUCAGCUACUGGUUCCUCCAGAUAAUUGUAGUCCAAGAAUCCAAAAAUGUGUCUGUAGCGUAGCUUCAGAUCAUAGCGUUACGUUGCUAUCGUUAGCCGAAAGAAAAUGCGUCGUUUUAGCUUCGCGUCAUUUAUUCCCUGUGGUCACCAUCAAAUGGAGGCCAUAUGAUGAUUUUAUGAUUGUUGGAUGUUCUGAUGGAGCUGUUUACGUUUGGCAAAUGGAAACCGGUCACCUCGAUCGCGUCUUGCAUGGUAUCAUAGCCGAAGAAGUAUUAUAUGCUUGCGAUGAAAAUACAAUGGUAACAACUGGCUCUAGUAGUGGUGGAGGUGAAUUGGGCUUAGCGAACCCAGCUGUUCAUUUCUUCAGAGGUUUAAGGCACAGAAAUUUAUCAGCUAUUCGUCAUGCUACACAGCGAGGUCUGCAUCAAUUGCAACAACUUCACGGCGGUCAUGGAAACGAUCACGGGAAUCAGAUAAGGGCUAAAGGUGCUCCGCUGACCAUCCAGGGUUUCCGCAGCAAUCCCAAAGAUCCAGAGAGUCAUAUUCUUUUCUUCGACAUCGAAGGACUCAUAGUACAAUUAUUGAGCGACGAGUACGGGUCUAUGUCGCCCGGAUCAUUGGAAGCGCAGGGCUUGAUUUCAGCUACGGAGUAUCAAAAAGUUGCUGCGCUUACGCAGUCAGCAAGCCCUGAUGCACAUAAGAAAAUUGCAGACUUUUUUGGUCGCGUCAAGGAUAAGGCAGGUGACAUGGAGCGGAUACUGAAGGAAAAGGAUCGACAUGGUAUUAUUGCUAAGAUGAAGGAGGGCGCAGAGAAUGUGCAUACUAAAAUUCAGGCUAAAGUGGAAAGCGUUGGUCUGAAGCCAUCGACUCUCGAUGGUAAAGGCGACGGAUGGAAUAAUGACAGCACCAGAAACUCUCUGAAACGCAAUGGGGCUUUCAAUGAACCAAAUUCGACAAUGGAGAUAGCUCAACUUUUGUUAAGUCUACUGCACGCUUGGGGAAUGGACCCAGACCUUGAUCGCGUUUGCGAAGGCAAGCUAGGACUUCUGAGACCAAUGGUACCGGUAUCCUUUGGAGUAUUAUCGAAAGGAGGGUACAUGUCGUUCUUACUUCCAACGUGGCAGACUCAUCUUGAGCAUUGUAUAGGAGAACCUGCGACGCAGUUGGAGCAGCGUUUGCCGGUAGAACUAGUCAGACAAGAAAGGCUCACGAGGGCCUUUACCUCAAGGGCACACUGGGAAUUGUCGACCACUUUGACUAGCAACCACUUGUUGGCCGUGGUAGCCCUGUCUAAUACUCUCAUGUCGAUGAAUAACGCAACAUUUGUUCCUGAGCAAGAAAGAAACCGUAAAAUGCAUAGGCCAGGAAAUAGGCCAGUAAAUUGGAAUAAAGCUGAAGAAGAGAAUGAAGAAAUGUACACUGUGCAACAGGCGCAGAUAAAACAAGGCUGGUCCUUGUUGGCUACGCUGCACUGCGUUCUUCUUCCCGAUAAAGUCGCCGCUCAAGGCGGAUCUAAAACAUUUAAGAAACCUCAGGUGGAGAUGAUGGCUCGAAGAUGGCAACAUCAGUGCCUGGAGAUACGAGAAGCGGCUCAAGCGCUUUUACUCGCUGAGCUAGGAAGAAUGGGGCCGAAGGGUAGGAAAGCUUUAGUGGACAACUGGGCACCGUAUCUACCAAUGUACAGCACUCAAGAGCCUAUCGCGCCGCAAAAUCAAAACCAAAGCCCACCACCUGGUAGUCCACCUCCGAACAGCGAGCAUCCCGAUGUGGAGGACGACGAAGAAGAAGAACUUGCCGAAGAACUGAGCGUGUCAAGAAAACCAUCGAGCGUUGCUGAACUGAAGCGUAAACAAACUACUGCUGUUGUGCUGUUAGGUGUCAUUGGCGCGGAAUUCGGCCAGGAUGUGACGACAAACAAUCAGAAGAGGGAUAAUGACCAGCGACGCAAGAGUUCAGUUGUCGAAGGUUUUGGAAUCGGAAACAACAAUUUAUCGAGGCUCACAAGCAUUGCCCUAACGCAUUUACUGUACGCACCUAAUUCGCAAAAAUUACCUCUUCACACGGCUUUGAGAAGAGCCGCCAUUGAUCUCAUUGGCCGUGGAUUUACUGUCUGGGAGCCUUACCUUGAUGUUUCUAGAGUUCUUUUGAGUUUGCUCGAAAUGUGCUGUGAUGCAGAUAAACUUGUGCCAAGUAUGACCUACGGCCUUCCAUUGACUCCAGCCGCAGACAGCUGCAGAACGGCUCGGCAUGCCCUGACGUUGAUCGCCACCGCGCGUCCAGCAGCAUUCAUCACAACGAUGGCACGUGAAGUAGCCAGAUACAACACGUUGCAACAGAACGCACAGACGCUCAACAUCAACCUAGGAGCCAGUGUGCUGGCCAGAGCCAAACCAGAGAUCCUGAGAAUCGUUGAGCAACUGAUCGAUAAAAUGCAAAGCGAGAUGAGCGAUUUAUUAGUAGAAGUUAUGGACAUUAUUUUGCACUGUCUGGAUCCUGGACACUUGAAAACCAAGCCAUUGAACGAAGUCUUCCCCGCCGUCUGUAGAUUUAAUCAAGUAAGCCAUUACCCACCGACGCGCAGGAUAGCUGUUGGAAGUCGUACUGGCCAUAUAGCUCUUUACGAGCUACGUGGCACCGUCAAGUGUCAAUCUAUAAUUGCACAUCAAGCUCCGGUUACUGCAUUAGCUUUCUCGCCAGAAGGAAAGUACCUCGUCAGUUAUUCGUGUUCCGAAAAUAAACUAUGCUUCUGGCAGCAAAUAAGUAGCGGAAUGUUCGGCCUUGGAAACUCGCAGAUUCGCUGCAUUAAAUCUUACAGCACUGCGCCAAUAAACGAUGUGGCGAGGUUGAAUCCGAUGAGAUUAGCUCGUCUUAUCUGGAUUAAUAACCGCACGGUUACCCUUAUGUUAGCCGAUAGUUCAGAGACUCGCUUUAACGUUUGAAUUUUUGUAAAGUUGAUUUUCGUGCUGUUUGAUCAAAGAGUUCUUAACCGGGUGGAAAAAAUUGAGAUUGCACUUACUAUAAGUAGAAUUUUUACAUAUCUAUGAUAAUUCGAAUUUGUGAUCUUAAACCAAAAAUAUUAAAAAAAAAACAGAAUUCCUUAGAAGUGUGGUUUGUCUGAAGCGUCAUAUGCAGGAUAAAAAAGAGUUGAUAAAAGUACAAAUUGCUGUAGCGACGGUUUUUUAACAAUACAAAGUUUGAAUUCAUUUGUUUUUAAAACAUUGAAAUUUAAAAUCUUCUUUUAAUAAUCUUUUAAAGUUUAUUGAAUUUAUCAUGAAUUGUUAAAAUAGAUCAAUCUCAAUGACACCGGUCGAUAAAAAGCAAUUUAACGUUUGUUUAGUUAUUGUUAUGAAGAGAUACAAAAAUUUUUCUUCUACAAGAUCAUUGAUACAUAGUCGUACUUACGUGUUUGCUAAGAGAACCAUAACAGGUUUUGUUCAGCACUGAUAAAAUGUAUUUAUCGCAUACCGAUCAGUCUGAAAAAAGGAAAGUAAUAUAAUGAAACACCGCCCAGGCUUAGAAAUGUACAUAAAUCGCAACUAACCAGCCAUACACUGAUGUUAUUACGAACACUUUUGAAUCUUAAAAAAUCACUUAAAUUUAAAAAAACUAAUUUCAGAAAAUUGAUAUAAAAAUUGUAGUUGAUAUUUUCUUUAAGAAUAACUUAAAAUCCAUCAGGAAGAGUAAAGUCAACAUAGCAUUCCUAUAAAGAGUAGUAUGAACAAUAUAUUUUUUGUGAUAUUUAGUUUUUUUAGAUUAACAGUUUCUGUAGUAAUUGUGAUUGCUAUUAAAACUGGAAAGUUCGUCUUAUGAUAUGCGACGACUUGCAAUGAGUUAAGUUUAAAAUGAAAACGGAAUUGUCCGUGAGCAAUAAUAAUAUUGCUUUACUAACAAAUAAGAUCAUUGCAUAUAACCCCAGUUUGGCAUUCACUUAAUGCAUCUUGCCUGGACAAAACAAAAACAGUCUUUGAAAUGUCUAACAUAAAAAAAUAUCAACUGUAAUUUUUAUAAAAUUUUUUUACUAAACAACAUUUUCAAAGGAUCGCUCAAGUGCACGAAUAUAUCGAGUUUUUAAGAUUAAAAAGAAACCGUAGCAAUGAAGCCAAAUUAUGAGCUCAUCUUCGUUGGCUAUGGCAGUCCUUCAAUAUUUUCUAUACAACUGUACAUUUUCCUCUGUAAAUCGUAGAUGCGAUAUUUUUUAGACGUAGACAGAUAUUUUUCUUUGAAUCUAGCAGCUGCUAUAAAAUUGUUACAUGCGAAACCUCAAUUGGCACACAUCAAAGUUAUUUUUUCUGUUUCUUUUGUUAACUAAUUUAUCUCAACAAAAUUUUAAAAUUGUACAUUGUUCAUGAAGCAAUAAAAUUAGCAGCAGCUUUUUUCAAAGCCAACUCGCAAACUUUGUAAAAAUCCUAGUAGCAUUCAUAAAACGUCAAACUAUUUAUGUUUUACCAUUUAAAUUCUCACGCGAUCGAAUCGGAUACGCGUCGACAAUAAAAUGGAUAGUUUAAUUUUACCAUUUGUUACCUUUUAAAGUAAAAUAGAACAUCGUUAGGUUCUUUGUUAAAAGAAAUAAUCUGAAAAUAGUAUUACGCUUGCAUCUAGACAAAUCUAUUGUAAAAAAAUAUGUAAUAAUGACAUAACUUAUUGUUAUCGUAUUGUGCGAAUUGUAAUACCUUCCGGAUCUUUGACUUGCUGGCGAGCAAAGAGUGCUUUUUUUUCAAUUGAGCCAUUCUUUUUUUAUUUUGAAUUUUAUUUUUUUCUUAUGGUGUUUUUAUAAUGUGCAAUUUCAGAAGAUGAUUAUACGUACUACACAUUCUCCUUUAUAACAGCAUAAACUUUGUUUGUUGUUUAAAUAAGUAUAUAAAUAAGUCCAUGUAAAUGUUACUUACCUAUCGGUUUAUUAUGCAAAUAAGACACAGACACGCGCCUCUUUUUAAUAGAUCUAACGCGUUCCCUUAGUAAUGUAUCAAAAUUGUCAUUCUUAAACUAUAAUUGAUUCGGUUAACUUGUAUUUUAAUAUCACUCAAACUGUUUUACUCAGAUGGAGCAAAAUAAUAACCUGGCCGUGUCUGUCAAGUUAACAUUUUGCACGAUGGAAUAGCCGUCGAGUCUUUGAUCCCGGAGUGAAGACACGCUUAAUUGUAAAAUUAAAUGUUGCAUAGGUUUUUCGUAUCAAAGUCAAGAGCACUUGGUUUCGAUACGCAACGCACGAAAGCAAGACGCAUUCGAAGCUCUGUUAAAAGUUAGAAUAAUGUUUAUUAUAAAGAAA